UGUUGGUAACAUAUACACACUUGCACAGUGUGGGUGCAGGAGGUAUCACAGCGACGUUCUUUUCUACCAAACUAAGGAGAUUUGUGCGAAAUACCUAAAAUGGACAACCAUGCAUACAACUAUCCAUCUGACUGCACCCCGCUUACCAACUGCAACUCUAGUCGUAAGGCUGGAGGGUCUACAGUGGUGAACAUGGGGGCAGAUGGCAAAAAGCCACCCAGCGACUACCUGGUCUGGUCUUUGUGUAACACUCUUUAUGUCAACUUCUGCUGUCUGGGAUUCAUGGCUCUAAUCUACUCUAUCAAGGCUAGAGACCAGAAGACCAUGGGGAACCUGCAGGCUGCCCAAGAGUGUUCGGACAAGGCCAAAUGGUACAACAUCCUGGCGGCGGGCUGGAACCUGCUGGUGCCCCUGCUGCUGGUGGUUCUCCUGGUGCUGCUGCUGGUCCACCUGGGCACUUCUCAGGGUUCCUUUGACUUCUUUGGAGAAGAUGGCUUUCAGAGUUUUAUGAAGCUUUUUAGCAGGUAGACAGGACACAAGAUAAGGCAUAGAGAAGGUGGACAGCGAGAGUCGGAGUGUCAGAAAGAAAGAGAGGAGUGGAGGAAGGAGGAGAGGAGGUGGAGAAUAUUUCAACAUUGAAAUCAAAUUGGAGGGUGUGAGAAGGGGGGUGGGGGAGAAGGAGGAGGUUCGAGAGAUGAUCUCCUUCCUUAUUCAAGACAAAACUUAAAAGUAAAAAAAAGUGUUAUAUUUGUUCUGUUUAAUUGUAUUAAUUUUAUUACAACUGCUCUUUGUUCACUUUAAUUGUUUUAUUACGAGUACAACAUACAUUUUUAUUAUAAUUUCAGUGUAUUACUUUUGUUGACAUUGUAGUAUUGUUAGACUACACCGUUUUCUGUCAAUUCUGGAAAAUGUGAUGAUCAAAAACAAUGAACAUGUUUCUUUAAGGGUCAGAUACUGGGCCAUUGCACAGAAUGCAUUCUGUGUAAUAAUUUACCAGAAAGAUUUCUGAGAUUUCUCUGUAUUACCUUCCAUCAAUCAUUAUUAAUGCAUGGUUUAUUAAAAUACCAUCAGUUAAAACAGUUUAGUUGUUUAAAUUCUAUAUUGACAGUUUUUGGUUCAUGUCCCUCACUUGGCUUAGCAUAUUUGCUACUUCAAUUCCCAUACCUGUGUAAUCAUAAGCAAGCAUUCAGAAAGCAAGCAAGUAUUUAGCAAAUAAAAUGCUUGGGAUGAGAAUGUUUUAGCAUAUUAAAUCAAUUUUAGUCCACUGUUAGUGUUGAUCCCAAAAUACUUUUUCAGAUUUUUGUGCCACCAUUCAUUCACAUUUGGAUAUGCAGACAAAACCUCCACAUAGCUGAAGUUAGGAUUUCUGUUAGGACUGUUUGACAUGAUCACUGAAGAGUUCACAGGCAUGUGUCUCUUGAAAUUUAUUUCAGUCACAUCUGGGGGUUAAUUUGCUGCAGUUCAGUUUUCAUCUAAAAUAACUAAUAUGAUAUAUCCUAAACUUACUGUUGGAACUUCUCCAUGUUUUUGUCUCACAAACAUCUCACAAACGUCCUCUGACCCAGUCCAUCCAAAUUGUUUAAGAACGUCGAAGCUUCAUUAUCGGUGUCCUCUCUGAUCAUCCAUAUUCAGUCCCUUGUUCUCCCAUCCCUUGUGUCUCCCACUUCAGCAAUGUACUAGCAAGGCACUAGCAAGGAUAUAUAAAUACAAAUACAAAUAACAGGCCUGCUGGCCAACAUUCUAUUUUCUCCUUCCUCGUAUUGCUUUUCCAGAUGUGUGUCUCAUGGUGAAUUAGAGACUAGAAUUCGGACUGCAUGGUUUGAAAGCUAAAUAUAACAACCCCUCCCUUCCGUUUUGGGAACUGCUGCACUGUGUUCUUGUCAGAAAAACUGCUAGCUGGUGCCUGAGAGCAGCAGUGGGUAAUAUAUGCACCUAGCUUCCAGAUAUACAGACAUUAUAGGCCCUACGCAAACAUUAAUACACAAAUUAGCAGACCAAGCUUACAAAAACUAGCCGAUUGCUACAAAACUAUAGUUGCGCACACACACCCAUACUACGCAUGCUGUAACCAUAUAGACACACACCACGACCACAGUGUAACCAGCAACUACCCCUUACUGAAGUCUGCAACAACCAAUUGGGUCCUAGAAAACAGCUAGUUAUAUCUCCUGUGGCAAUACAUCUAACGGUUAAGCAUGGAUACGAAUCUGACUAUGGUGCUGAG